UCUUUUAUCUAUUUAUAAAUAAAUACACUUUCCUUUUCCUUUGCACUUAGCAAAACCCAAAUCGCCCUCCAAUGGCCAAAUCAUUGUUAUUUUUGUGUGCGUGUUGUGUUGUGUUAUUUCGUUCUUCUAUUUUGAACUUGGGAACUGCCAUUACCCAGAAAUCCCACGAUGGAACUCAAGAGUGGGGUUACGUUCAAGUCAGACCCAAAGCCCAUAUGUUUUGGUGGCAUUACAGAAGCCCCUUCAGAGUCGACCACGCCUCCAAGCCAUGGCCAACCGUUCUUUGGCUACAAGGCGGACCAGGCCAGUCCGGAGUUGGGAUGGGGAACUUUGUAGAAAUAGGGCCACUGGACACCAAUUUGAAGCCAAGAAACUCCACUUGGUUGCGAAAAGCUGACCUCUUAUUUGUGGAUAAUCCGGUUGGGUCGGGAUACAGCUACGUGGAGGAUACGGGGGAAUUUGCCAAAGGCGAUGAGGAUGCGGCCGCCGACAUGACGACUCUGCUGGUGAAGAUCUCAAACGACAUUGUCGACUUACAAAACAGUCCUUUCUAUAUAAUGGCAGAGUCUUAUGGGGCCAAAUUCGCGGUCACUCUUGCACUUUCCCUCCUUCGAGCCAUCCAAGAUGGCAAAUUAAAGCUUAAUCUCAAAGGAGUGGCAUUAGGAGACAGUUGGAUUUCCCCGGAAGAUUACACGUCUUCGUGGGGCCCUCUUCUGAAAGACCUCUCACGGCUUGAUAGUAUUGGACUGCAGAAUUCAAACAGGGAAGCUUUGAAGAUCAGUCAGCAAAUUAAAGUGGGAAAUUAUAAGAAUGCAGUCCUUUUGUGGGAGGAGCUUGGGACAAUAAUUGCCACGAGUACCAACGGUGUGGAUUUCUAUAACUUUAUGCUGGAUUCUGAUAUGGAUCCAGUAUUUGGAAGUGGAACUAGAGGAGAGUUGGCCGCCUUAAUGAAUGGCCAAAUUAAGAACAAACUCAAAAUUAUCCCAAAAAAUCUCAAAUGGGGUGGUCAGGCAGGAUCAGUCUUUCGAUCUUUCAUGGGAGAUUAUAUGAAACCUAGGAUUAACGAGGUUGAUGAGUUGCUCGCCAAAGGUGUUAAUGUGACUGUCUACAACGGUCAAGUGGAUCUUUUUUCUUCAACUAAGGGAACAGAAGCAUGGAUUGAAAAGCUCAAGUGGGAAGGGCUGAAGGGAUUUAAGAACACGGUGAGAAGUCCUGUAUUUUGUGGAGAUGAUAAACACACCAAGGGCUUCACCAAGUCAUAUAAGAAUCUCCAAUUCUAUUGGAUCCUUGGAGCUGGCCAAUCUGUGCCAGUUGAUCAGCCAUGUGUAGCGUUGGAUAUGGUGGGUGUAAUCACAGACUCACCAGCUUCUUAAGUUAUGUACUUGUUUUAGAAUAAAUAAAAGAAAAGAAGCACCUACCGUUCUUUUUUCUUUUAAAGUAUGUAAGCAAAUAGAUGAAGAUUGUUUAGUUCGGGACUUCGCUUGAAUUUGUUAAGUUUGUUAUUAAAUAUGAGUUAUCAAGUAUGUGUUUGAAUUA